UUGAGCGUGGGCUGGGAUUCGGGGUGCGGCGUGGUGAGGGCGUCCUAGGUUGGCUCAGGAGUAGGGAAUGGGUUUUUUUUUCCUUAGCUGUCCAAGCUGCAACUGGCUUACAUGGUUACACGAUGAAAGCAUCAUCCCAGGGAAGGUAUCGUAGGAGAAAAAAAACUAACUUGAGGUUCCCGAGGUGGAAAAAAUUGUGCCUCGGCCCUUGGGUCCGGAGAGUCGUGCCUCUUCCCAAUAAACCAGAAUCGUUAUGUCUGGUUUAUGGAAAAAAGAAAAUUAAUACCGUUUGUAGAGUCGAGACUUGUUUGAGGUCGCAGAGUCCUGGGGGAAAUGCCUGCCUCUGGCUUAAGAGGUAGGCAGGUGGGGUGAAAACGGAACCCCGCCGAGUGGCACACCUCCCGGUUUCCCGCAGUUUUCUGUUCCGCGUCCUUGCUGUAAGGAAAGAACCUAGAUGCUGAAGCCCGUGAAAUUUUGGUUCCAGACCCUAAAAUGCUGUGGCAGAGAGCUAGGGAGUGAGUCAUCAAAAGCCCAGGGAAGAACCUAAGUGGGUUUUAGCUUAGUGGCUAUAACGUGAGGGCAUGUGGGUAGGCACUUCAGGGUUAGUUAUGUAAAUUAUAUUGAUACAUGGCAAAUGAAAGCGAUGGGUUGGUACCCUUGGAGACCUCCAGGCUUGAUUUAACUGAUCUGAAAGGCUGUGUGGACAGAGUAAAUGAGGGCUCAAGGGACUGGGAGUUGUUCCUGCCUCCAACUGGUAAUUAAAGAACGGAAGUUUGGAUAGAGUAUAGAAUGGCGGCCGGAAAGCUUUCACCAUCUUCCGUGGAACUAGAAGCUAUGGAGACCGAGGACUUAUGGAUUCGAAAACCAAAAAUGAAGAGACCUCUUUGUCAAGGAGUCCAGAUGUCUACGAAGACAUAUGUAAUACGCUGAUGCUUCCUACCUGAGAGUAUGCUUUGAGUCUGGGUGAAAUGAGAGCUUUGACAUUUCAGAGAGUGACGUUUACCAUGGGUCUACCUCUGUUAAAACGUACAAUUCAGGAUCAGGCAGAGAAAACAAAGAACUUUGUCAGUCGGAGCCUGGUUAUAGGAGAAGUCGUCUCCAUAGCAGACGUGGCCACAGGAGUCAAGUGUGGAAUAAUUUACUGGCUAUUCGGUGGUGCCAUCAGGAAUCUCGGAAGCCCAGCACGUGUAACUAAAUGGCUUCAGCCACUCCAGGAGCAGAAAUACACGGGGAUGUUUGCAAUGACCGAGAGGGGCCACAGGAGCAACGUGAGAGGGAUCCAGACGGAAGCCACCUUUGACCUCUCUGCACAGGAGUUUGUAAUCGACACACCAUGCGAAAAUGCUGAGAAGAUGUACAUUGGAAACGCCACGUACGGGAAUUAUGCAGCAGUCUUUGCCCAGCUCAUCAUAAACGGAAGAUCUCAAGGGCCCCACUGUUUCAUCGUUCCUGUCCGCGAUGAAAACGGAAGCAUGUACCCAGGAGUGACAGCUAUUGAUAUGAUGUAUAAAGAAGGUCUGCAUGGUGUUGAUAACGGGAUUCUGAGAUUUGACAAGGUUCGGAUACCAAGGGAGAACCUGCUGGAUAAGUUCGGUUCUGUGGCUCCAGAUGGGCAGUACCACUCCCCCAUUAAGGACAAGAGUGCAAGAUUCAAUGCGAUAUUGGCGGUGCUGACCCCUUCGAGACUGGCUGUGACUUUCCAAGCUACGGGCUCUGUGAAGGGUUACAUGAUGGAAAACCGAAUCUCAGGCUUAAAAUGUGACACAGAUGUGUUUGUAACUUUUGAAGAUGACAGUGGUGUAGUGCUGCAGGUUGUGGUUCAGGAACUGCUGGCUCAGUACACCAAGCAGUAUGAAGAAAGACCCAUCUCCAGCCUGCCCCGAAACUGGACGGAAUCAGGGGGUGACAAGCUGAGAACCAGUUUCCUGGCGUUUAACAUGGACACAGUCGGUAAUCUCGCCUUUCUGUUGAAAGCAGUCAAUUUUCGUGAAAGAGUUCUUCAGCGGGGUUUGGUGGCCCGGAUUUAUUAUAAGGUGACAACCGAGAAGGAGGACUUUUUCAGUGCCUGGAGCUCAUGUCUUCACCACGUCACCUGCCUGUCUCUGGCACACAUUCACAGAGUUACUUUAGAGCGGUUCUCCCUGGCCGUGAGGAGAUGUCCUGAAAAGAGGACCAGGCUUUGUUAAAGAAGAGGGCACUUCUCCAUUGAUGUUUUUCCAAAAGCUGUUGCUCUAUUUGUGCAGCUCACUGAAGGAUGAUGCCCUGAGGGGGAUCUCCGCCUUUAACAUCCCACACACCUCCCUCCACGCACCAAUCGCUGGAAUCGCCGACCCGAUGGCCUCCUGGGCCUUCUACCCAGCACCGCAGCAUCCCCUGGCCCGGGAAGGAGCGCGGUCUCCGCGGCCCAAGCUGGGAGCCAAGUUAUAGCGGGGGCGGCGGGAAGGGUGGUGGCCCGCCGGCAGCUGCCAGAACGCUUCUCAGACGCCCGGAGCUGGGGCCCGAGGCCGGCUGGCACGUGCUGGGCCGCGGCCCUCAGGGAUUUUGGUCGUGCGGUGGGGGUCCCGCUGAGGCUGGCGAGGCGCACU